CUUCAUGUACUUCAAAUUGGUAUGCUCGACCGCCGCACUAGAUGUGGCUGCUAUGUUUUCUAUUUCGUCUAUACGUCUCGGUACUGUGCACAAAUCGCUCUUAUACACUUUCAUGAUCUGACAUUUCAUGAUUACUUUGCUUCAUUCUCGUUUGGUACGCGUAAAGUUCUAUUCCUAUUUGUGCCGGUGUGCCAAUCUCAGCCUGUUCCAUGUCUUUUAUACAUAUACAUAUACAUUUUCACGUCAUAUAGAGAGUAGUACUAUAAGGAGGAAAAUACGGUCUAUUCUAGGGGACCCCCAGUGUCCCCGACGCAUCUCUGGGCGCGCGAAUGCCCU